AUGAAAAUAUAAGAAAUUAAUUCGAUUUACAAUCAAUUUAUCAAAACAAAAGAAAUAACAGCAGAAACAUUACUUUCAAUGAUCAAAGAUUUAAACAUAUACAAGAGAAAAAAAAAUGCAUCAAGAUUAUCUGGAAAAUGAUCUACAAAUGAACACAGGAAUUGCAACAUGAGUAGAGAAAGCAGCAGCAAAGACUUAUCCCACACCUACUACUGAACUCAACUGUCACAUGAUAAAGUAUUGCCAAAUUUUUCCUGGUCAUUGUGCUAUUGCUCCUAAAGAUAUGUUCUAUAACCCAACACUAGAUACCACAAGAUGUCAUCAAUACAAAAAAUGUUCAAAUUAGAAUGGUUUUUCAAUAUCAGAGGAAUUAUACUUUGGAACUCUUCCCCAGAAUGUUGUAUUAGCCAGAAUAGUAUCUGUUUCAAGAUAUUUAUCCUUAUUCAUCUUUGUUUUAUUUGAGAACCAAUGACAGUUUCCUUGGUCAGAAGGUCUUCUUGCCUUCCUUUCUCCUCUAAGGUCUUAAUUCUCCACAUCCACGCUUCCUUCAGGAGCAUCUCUCAUUCUGAGUCUGGUAUUCGUUGGUACAUUGUAAAUAAGGACGUUAAUAUAAUAGAGGCAAGAGAAUGGUAAAAAUUAAUGUUUAUUUCUAAGUUUUUGUUUUUUUUCUUCUCAGUCCAACCAAUAAAUGGGUUAAUGGUUGAAGAUAGGUACAUGAACCCAUUUUUGCGCUUAUAGUAUCAAACAAUCUAAUUUUUUUCCAUAUUGAAUUGUUAUUAUAUAUUAUUAUUAAUAAUGUUGGGUAUUCAUAAAAAAAAAUUGAUGUCCUAAGCCAAUGUCAGGCUUAGGAGGUGAACGAGGAUUUGAUAAAAUAUACCAACUUUUAAUAAUUAUACAUUAUUCAUCCCAUGUUGAGCGAGAAGCUAGCAGAUUCCACCCUUGAUAUAUUGUUUAUAAUACAAAAUAAUCAAGUCAAGUGAUAACUGAGGAUAAAAUGUGAGACCUCCCGAGGGCGAGUCGGUACCAACAGCAGCAGAGCGAGGGAGCGGGCGAGAGUAAUGGUCGCCUUAUUUGUUGUGGUCUGCACUUCUUGGCCUCUUCCUCUCAUCUUUACAUUGCUUGCCUCUGUUCCCGGACAUGUCAUGUGAUGGGUGAUGUUGGUGAGUUGGGCAAGGAGGUGGAGGAGGAGGAGGUGGAGGAACUCGAGAGAGAGGAGAAAGAGAGAGCCAGGGAGUGAUGCUGCUAAGACCUUCACUGUCUAUCCAGAGGGAUCCACAGGUGCUGGUGGUGGAAUCUUGCUUGGACAGUGUGGAUGGCAAGCAGUCAGGGUUCCAGUCAAAGGUGGUGGUGAUCCAUGCCCAGGACACCAGGGAGGAUGCACUGCAGCUUGCAUCUCAGCUGAGGAAUCCCAUGGAGGGCAACAGAUUGUAUGUGUUGCUUCUGCAAGAGUCUAAGAAGAACACACAAGUUAAGAGCAGCCUGAGGUGUGAUCCAUGGAACAGCAUCCACAAGUGGUUCAUCAAGGUUGACGCUGUGCUGCCGGUACUGUCGCCUCAGCUUCUGCGUCAGAUUCAGAACAGAGACUUCAGCAGAGAGAUUCAGAACAGAGACUUCAGCAGAGAGAGUGAGUGGGAGAAACGCUACAACUGCUUUGCCCACUCGAUGAUGCUAGACCAGCAUGUGGAGUACGGGAGCAAGAAUGGGUUCUGCCGUGCCGUUUGUCCUGCCAGAUUCCCGGAGGAGGUGACAGAGAAGAGACCUUGGGAGACUUCUGUAAAUGAGGAGCAACAAGCACAUCUGACUGGAGCCUUUCAGGAACCAACAGUCAGAACUUUGUCUUCUUCUGCCAGCACACAUACUGUCUGUGCAAUCAAGGCUGUGUGAUGGUGGUGCCCCAUUGCGGGGUCUGAUGUGUCUACAGCUAGUGCUGGGUGUGUCCUCUCUGCCUGGUACUGCAGGCUAAUGUGUUUGCCUGCUUCAGUGCAAAUCUUGCAAGCCAGAUCUACCAGCUGUCUCUAGUGUAGUGUCUAGGAUGCUUUAAAUUUGUGUUUUUAUGUAUAGUAUGAGAUAAAAUUACAACAAUGUGGUCGUGUAAGUUAUUUGCAUUUUGUAAGUUAUUUUGAUGGUAAACAAUUCAUGCCCUCAGGUCAAAAAAGAAAAUCAGGAUUGGCCAAAAAUAGUCAAAGUUUAAGGUGAGACUUGCACAUAGAAGCCCUGUCCAAGCGACUCUGGUGGGAUGGGGCUUCUAUGUGCCAGCCUCAUCUUAAACUUAGACUAUUUUGGGCCGACGUGACUUUUAAAGUGUUAUAGCGUGAAAAAAAACAUGUAUAAUAACCAAGACAUUCCCACUCACUUUGUUAGUUGAAUGGCCAGUCUGGUGUAUUAACAACAGACACAUUCUCCCCUUUGCCUCAUUAAAAACAAAAGAGCAUUGGUUCUUGGAAAAAUUAAGAUUUGAAUACUAUAUGAUACCUGAUUGUAACCCUCUAUAGUAACAACAGAUUUUUUGUUUAUUUUUUACUUUUUUACUUUGAACUUACUUUAAAACUGUCAAUUUUGCUGUCCACAUUUCUAUAUGAUAUUUGAUAUGAUGAUAUAAUGUUAACCAUAGGAAAAUAGGGAAGUUGCAGGCAGCCAUUAGCCCUUAACAUGACAAUCCCUGUAUGAUUUUUGUUGCCCUUGGCCAGUGUCCUUCCUACAUUAAAAAAAAAUAAAAGAGAUAUGCCUA